AUGGAAUGUGUUUUGGAUGGGGGCAAGCAGCAACAACGAUAUUCAGACCUGCAUGUACUGACCAAUAUUGGGACCAUUAUCUUGGAAGUUUUGUCGCUGGACCAAUGUCCUUGUAAAACCCGCCCUCCCCUUCCAUUUAAGACUAGGAAUUUGCUCAAAACGAAACAGAAAAUGCAGCGAGAAGAAGCAGGAGCCCACAAGAAACAACAAUACCAAGUGUUGGAAGAAAUCGGUCGAGGCAAAUUCGGCACUGUCUUCCGCUGCUUCCACCCUUCAUCCAACCAAUUCUACGCUCUCAAACUCAUCCACAACCGCCUCCUCACCGACGCCGCCGACCGCCACUGCCUCGAAAUCGAGGCCAAGGCCAUGAUCUUCCUCUCUCCCCACCCCAACAUUCUCAAAAUCAUCGACGCCUUCCAAGACGGCGAAACCUCCACCAUAGUUCUCCAACUCUGCCAGCCCCGCACUCUCUUCGACCGCAUCGCCGACGGACCCUUGCUGGAGCCCCACGCCGCCUCCCUCAUUAAGCAGCUUCUCGAAGCCCUCACGCACUGCCACGCCCUCGCCCUCGCCCACAGAGACAUCAAACCCGAAAACCUCUUGUUCGACGACGGCAACAACCUUAAACUCUCCGACUUCGGCUCCGCGGAGUGGUUCGGUGAGGGCAGACCCAUGAGCGGCGUGGUGGGCUCCCCCUAUUACGUGGCGCCGGAAGUUCUCAUGGGGAGAGAGUACGACGAGAAAGUAGAUGUUUGGAGCAGUGGGGUGAUUCUGUACGCAAUGUUAAGUGGGUUUCCACCCUUUUAUGGAGACUCUGCUGCACAAAUUUUUGAAGCUGUUUUAAGGGCCAAUCUUAGGUUUCCCACCACCAUUUUUAGGUCUGUUUCUGCUCCUGCAAAGGAUCUUCUCAGGAAGAUGAUUUGUAGGGAUCCCUCUAGGCGUAUAUCUGCACACCAAGCUUUGAGACACCCAUGGAUUUUGAGUGGGGGUGUGAAGAGUGGUGAUCUAUCUUGA